UAUCGAUAGCAAUAAAAGUUUCUUACCAAUUGGGGAGUACCCCAGUGUUAUAUAGUCUAAGUAAAUAAAAAAUGCUGCGGCAAGAGAAUCUCUGUCAAACAUGAAUAAAUCUCAGGAGAGAAGUACUGACUCCGCUAUCUCAACACCGAACAAAGCAGACGAUGACCUUCACAAUGUUUCUGACACCUUCUAUACCAGCCAGCGCAAAGGCAGCCACGUAUUUCGUGUGCGUCUUGAUGCCACAGGAUUUACACUGCAACGCGAAUCUCCAAGUGGUGUGACGAUCAAAGAGCAAAAGGUUAAAAUAUGUGAUAUUAUUGGGGCACGCUGCAUGCGCAUGAAAAAGUCGCCACGCAACCUGACAGGCUGUGCCUGUGUCAAUCCAGGCACCCCAGCUGCGGGUUCCAGUCGCAAAAGCGGCACACCCAGCAAGUGCAGCAUGGCCAGCAAGGAAGAACAUAUGACCGAUAUGGGCGAUGGCAGCGCCUAUUUGUACUUGUUUGCCUACGUGUUAAAAAAGAAAAGUCUCCGUAGCAGCCUGCACAGGGAGCGGACUGUGCUGACGCUUCGCUUUCGAUCCUUUGAUACAUUCGAGGACAACAUGCGGGAGGCUGAUCGUUGGUAUCGCGCUUUGCGCUGGCAGUUGCAUCAAACGCUGGAGCCCCUAUUUGCUGAGAGCGUGGGUGAACCGCGUCGUCGCCGACUUCUGGUACUACUCAAUCCAAAGUCUGGCUCUGGGAAUGCACGCGAAGUGUUCAACACGAAUGUUGCACCUGUGCUUAACGAAGCUGAAGUACCUUAUGAUUUGUUUGUAACGAAGCAUUCCAACUAUGCAAUCGAAUUUAUGAGCACACGCCGUCUAGACGACUGGUGCACCAUAUUAGCCGUUGGCGGCGACGGGCUGUUCCACGAGAUAAUAAACGGAUUGCUCUGCCGUGCUGAUUGGGCUCAAGUUAUGGACAACAUUGCCUUGGCUAUUGUUCCUUGCGGCUCUGGCAAUGGUCUGGCCCGCUCCAUUGCGCAUGGCUACAAUGAACCAUACUUCAGUAAUCCUGUACUAGGUGCCUCUCUAACAGCUAUUAGUGGUCGCAGCUCACCCAUGGAUGUUGUGCGUGUGGAGACAGAAAACCGCGUCAUGUUCUCAUUCCUUUCCAUUGGCUGGGGCCUUAUCUCGGACGUGGAUAUUGAAAGUGAAUGCAUAAGGAUGUUCGGCUACCAACGUUUCACCAUCUGGACACUUUAUCGAUUGGCCAAUUUGCGAACUUAUAGUGGUAAGAUCAGUUAUCUUCUGGCUGAGGAGGCUCAGGAGCCACUGGCAACGCCGUUGCUGCAGUCGGAACAGUUGCGAAGGAUGCAAUCAAGUCGCAGCUGCACUAUGCAUAUCGAUAAGCUGUCCAAUUCCAGCUAUCAUCGCUCCACUGAGUUUCUGCCACAAGAGUUCGAGGAUGUCAUUUCACUGGAAACAUCCAUCAAUCAAUCAUUCCGUUCGCGCUGUGACAGUUGGCUAUCGGGUGGCUCACGUCGCAGUUGCUAUUAUUCCAUAUCAGAGAGUGUCUAUCACAGUGUGGCAGAUGACAGUGAAUUUACGGAACAGUCUUCUACAGCAGGUAUUAAAUCUGAACAAAACCCCCAUAACUUCGGCCCAAGUAGCAGUCUACCAGGACUUGACAAACCAUUAUCCGAAGAUGCGGGCUGGCUGGUCGAAGAGGGCAAAUUUAUUAUGAUGCAUGCCAUCUAUCAAUCUCAUCUCGGCGUCGAUUGUCACUUCGCGCCCAAAGCCCAAUUGAAUGAUGGCAAAAUAUUUUUAGUUUUGAUACGCGGCGGCAUCAGCCGUCCGCACUUGCUUAGCUUUCUAUACAACAUGAGCACCGGCAGUCACCUGCCCGAGAAAAACAACGAGUAUAUAAAGGUGCUACAAGUGCGCGCAUUCCGCUUGGAGCCACACGACGAUCACGGCAUCAUCACCGUGGAUGGCGAACAAAUAGAAUUUGGUCCACUUCAGGCAGAAAUACUGCCAGGUAUUUCGCGUGUCAUGAUACCAAAAUAAGGAUUAGCGAAUAUAUAUAUCUAAAGCAACGAUCGUACAUUCAAGCAAUAACUAAUCAGUAAUGGGAAUCUCUGCAUUUGAAUAGGUAGGUGUAGGUAAAUUUGUUAUUAGUUUUGGCUCUGCGUGCCUCGGUGGAAGCAUGCA